AUGAGCGCGACGCGGCGCACGCGUCCUACGACGGCGCAGUGCUUCGCGGCGACACUGUUCGCGCUGCUCGUCGUCGCCGCCAUCGUCGUCAUCAUCUGGCUGGCGCUCCGGCCCGGGAAGCUCCACCUCUCCGUCGACCACGCCACGGUGCGCGGCUUCAACUUCACGGCGGGGGACAGCGGCCUCGCCGGCACCUUCCUCCUCGCCCUCCGCGCCUACAACCCCAACAAGCGCUCCGUCGUCUACCGCUCCCUCGACGUCGGGGUCUGGUUCGGCGACACGUACCUCGGCGGCGCCGAGGUGCCGGGGUUCCGCCAGCCGCCGCGCAACGAGACGAGGAUCGACGUCGCCGCGCCGGCCGUGCGGGGCGCGCUGCCACGGGAGGUGGAGCGGGCGAUCAAGCGGGACCGGUCCGGCGGGAAACUGCCGCUGGACGUGCACGUCCGGAGCAAGGUGUCGUUCAGGUACGGCAUCGUCAGGACGCGGCGCUACAAGAUGCGCGCGAGCUGCCCGCUCGUGCCCGUCGACUUCGCGUCGCCGACGUCCUUUGAUCGGGUCUACUGCCAUCGGAAACAGAGGAGCCAAAACCACCUUGAGGAUUCCGCGGCGAUCAUCCGUGUCGUUGUCUCUGCCGAGGCCCUGCUGGAGAUGAGGUUCCGCGAGUUCAAGGAGGACCCGCCGGAGUAUGUCGUCCUGGUCCGUGCUCUGGUGCACACCGGCCGCGUCCUCCCAAGAGGAGGAGCAGGAGCCCGUGUCGGCCAGGUCGCUGAGCUCAACCUCAGAGCUGCCGCUUUCCUGGCGCACGUCGGCAUCCUCCAAGCGGAGAAGAAGGAGUGGCCGUCCUGGUCGCCCGCCGUUGCGCCUGCUGCCUGCGUCGUCCAAAUUUAA